AUGCUCCCUCUCAAUCUUUUACUGUUUGUUUCCUCAAUAUUUGUCUCAUGCCUUGGGUACCAAGUACCUGUCGUAGACGCAGAAUACUCCCGUCAAAUCUGUAGUGGAAUGUGGGCAAAUGAGCAGACUUAUAUCAACGUCAGUUUCGAUGCUACUUCGCAAGGUCAACUGGCUAUGGUCAUAUACGAAUGGGCAGACGCGCCGUACCUCGGCAAAGUCACUUCUGUCUCUGACGAGUCGCUACCUCCCCAGAAAAUCUACAUCUGCACCUCUUCCGCCGUUUCCGAUGGCUUUUGCACACCGCCAGAUUUAGGCCGUUUCAUCCUCGACCUACCUUCCGGGAAAUCCAUCAACGACACCAGCUUUUGGUCUGCCAGAGUCGAGCUUCCCGCAAAUCAAUCAUCGUCAUCCUCUGAAAGAGACUCUACCAUUUCCACUGGCUCUGGUUCGCUCUGGGAUCCAUAUGGCAACAAUUCCUCACCUUCCGCAGGAUCUGAUGAUGGUCCUACCGCGUGGCGUCGGGAUCACUCGAUAUAUUCGUUAACCACCAGAGACACCAUCAAUCCGAGUCCGACUGGAAUAUAUAGCUAUUCGCUGCCCAUACAGUAUCUGGUACGAAAGACGGGAUAUUACUGCGUUGCCGUGAUUCCUGUAACUGUUCAAAGCAACAUCCCUCGAGAUGAUGUUCACCCCCAUUAUAAUGGUCUCGUCUUCUUCCGGAAUAAGUUCGACGGAAGGCUUCCUGCUACGGAUUAUCCCAAAGUCAAUUUCUAUUUUGCGAUGUUCAUUGUAUACGGUGUUAUCGCGGCGUAUUGGGGUUGGUUAUGUUAUAGGCAUCUACAAGACCUUCUCCCGCUCCAGGCGCUCGGGUUGCUCGUCAUCGAGAUGGUGGCAAAUUGGGGUUACUACCGCUACCUAAAUGCUCAUGGAAGAGGUACUACAUCUACUGCGUUCCUCAUUGUUGUUGCCAUCCUCGACGCUGGACGAAAUUCCAUGUCUUUCUUUAUGCUUCUAGUUGUUUCUCUUGGACUAAGUGUUGUCAAAGAAUCACUUGGGCGUACAAUGCUCAAGUGUCAAGCUCUUGCGGUAGCCCAUUUCAUAUUUGGCAUUUUAUAUGCUAUUGGAAUCGUUGAACUCGAAUUGGAAUCUACAUCUGCACUCGUUCUAUUAUUAUUUGUUAUUCCUCUCGCAUUCACACUGAGCGGGUUCCUUUUGUGGAUCAUGUAUUCACUGAAUGCCACUAUUGCACAACUCAGAGCUCGAAAACAACGAUACAAGUUGUCAAUGUUCGAAAAGCUCUAUCGUAUUUUGAUCUUCACAGUCAUUGUAAUCGCAAUUUUCUUUGUGGUGUCGUCGUUUUCAUUCUCUGGGCGGCUUGCUGAAGGUACGCUCGGCCUGACUUUCUUUGUUUGA